ACUAGUCUUAAUUCAUCUCCGAACUGCACUCUUCCAGAAUUGGGCGAGUCAAAAAUGAACCUGCGUUUCCGUACUCUAUUACUUCCUCAGUAUGUCGGUUCCUACUCGAGUAUGGAGCUAAAGCAAUAUAGGGAGUAUGAUAAGGCUAUUCUUCAGAGGAGAACGUUGUCCCGCAUGCCGAAAAUCUUCAUGGGCUCUGGGGCCGAAAUUUUCCUGCCUUCUCAGUGCAAAGGGCGUUUGAAUGCAGAGCGACCCAUAGUGAAUCCAGGUAGCUUUGUAAUCCGCCUUGGAUACAAGGCCGAGCCAGCAUUGACCUUAUUAUACUUGUUUUUUCUUUGUCUAGCUGAGUUGUCUAAGAGUCGUUUCUUUAAUUGUUCACAAAAAAAGACAAAUUUUCAGCUUAACUGCGAGCUUAAUAUUAGGUCUCUUAUCUUUCCUCUCUUUUGUAAUAUUCCCGUUGAGGGUAUCUAUUGCUACAGUAUUAAGCUUAAUUUUGUCUUCACUAACAAUGGCAGAUCAGUCCUGGAUCUGUUGGCCAGCUUGAUAUAG